AUGGCAUUGCUCGAGUCGGUCGAUGAGCAAACUCUGGCCAUUCUAGGUGACUGUGAUCGCUAUGAUGAUCAGGUUUUACAGCUCAGAUUGCAAAAAGUAGCCCGUAAUUUUCAAGUGCUCCAAAAGCAAAUAGCCUCGGCAGAUUCAGCCGCUCAAGCCAGACACGCCGAUCAGCUUUUGGAUUUCCAGGACCGACUAGCUUCGGUCCAGCUUGUUAUCCGUCGGAAGGCCGCCGACAAGGUAUCAAAGAAUGCAGAGACACCGAGCGAAUCGUCCCUUGGCAGCAGUGAGAAGCAGGGGCUCCUCGAUGAACUAAAUAGUCUCCCUGUUCCCGACGGACUUCGGCACCGGGGACAAAAGAUGUCCAACGCAGAUCAUUUGGCAGUUCAAGAUACGAUGCAGCAGGAAUUGAGCGAAAACAUUCUGGAAAUGGUUCGCGACAUCCGCAAAAACGCCGAAAUCUUCUCCGAGAAACUCGCCGCCGAUUCUGGGGUCGUCGACGCCACAGGCGAUGCCUUGAACAAGGCCACUUCCAAGAUGGAUUCGGUCGGAAGCAAACUGAACAAAUAUCGCAAAACGAGUGCAUUAGGUUUUUGGUUCUAUGUAAAGGCCACACUGUUUAUCGUUGGCGCCCUCAUAGGGGGUAUGCUGCUGGUUCAGCUGAUGCCCAAAUGGUAG